ACUGGCUAGCGUCGAGGUCCUUGCUAAUUAAAAUAAAAAAGAAGAAGCAGAAAGCGAAAAUAAUAGAAGUAACUAGCUAUGGCCGUGCGACACGCGUUAUCAUUGGACACAUAAUUGCCCUCAAUCGGGCUAAAUGAAAACAACUCGUUGACGCCCCACAAAUGAAAAAAACAACCGAAAUAGAGAAAAAAAUGAAAGAAAUGAAAUAAUAAACUACGACUAUUAUCAUCUAUAAGUAUCCGCACAUAACAAUUAAGCGCCCGAGACUCUUAAUUGAAAUGCUUCCAAGGCAAACAAAUCAACAGCGACGGGACAGACGCCGACUGAAGCCCCAACAACAAAUUGUGGCACGCAAAUUGGAAUUUCAUUGCCGUCUUCUUCAGCAACGGCAUACUUUUUAGUUGCAUGCAACGGUUAAGCAAUGGCUGAGCAGAGCAGCAGCAGCAGCGGCGGCAACAACAACAACAGCGGCAGCAGCAACAGCGCAACUUCCAACAGCGCCGCUGAAAGUGGACCUGAUUUUGAUGCACUGCGUGCGGCCUGCAACGCGCAUUUGAAUAGCAGCCAUUCACUAACAGGUAAGCCAGAAGCAGCAUGCCACACACUAGAUUACUCAAUGUACAAUUUGUUUAUUUCAUCUUUAGGUCCGCACUGCUCUGGCACUUUUGAUGGCUGGCUCUGUUGGCCAGAUACGCGCGCCGGCGACUCCGCCUAUGAGCUCUGUCCGGGCUUCAUCACCGGCUUUGAUCCGACACGAUAUGCACACAAGGAGUGCGGCGAUGAUGGCGAAUGGUUCAAGCAUCCUUUGACCAACAGAUCCUGGUCAAAUUAUACCACCUGCGUGAAUCUGGACGAUUUGGCGCGCAACCACAAUGUGAACUUGAUCUAUGAGGUGGGCUACAGCAUCUCGCUGCUGGCCAUAUUGCUAUCGUUGGCCAUCUUGAGCUACUUCAAAUCUCUUAAAUGCGCUCGCAUCACGCUCCAUAUGAAUCUGUUCAGCUCAUUUGCCGUCAACAGUUCGCUGUGGCUCAUUUGGUAUCUGGUUGUGGUGCCCAACGCUGAGCUGGUACAGCUCAGUCCGGGCUACUGUGUGGCUUUGCACAUAAUACUGCACUAUUUUCUGCUGACCAACUAUUCGUGGAUGCUGUGCGAAGGCUUUUACCUGCAUACGGUGCUGGUCGCUGCUUUUAUAUCGGAGAAAAAGCUGGUCAAAUGGCUGAUAGCCUUCGGCUGGUGUUCGCCGGCCAUUGUCAUUUGCAUCUAUGGACUGGCACGCGGACUCACUGGUAGCCGGGAGGAGAAUCUACACUGCUGGAUGACGGACACUGACUACAACUAUAUUCUGAUAGUUCCCGUUUGCAUUUCAAUCUUUCUCAAUUUACUGUUCCUUUGCAACAUUGUGCGCGUCGUCCUGCUCAAGCUAAAUGCCCCGGCCAGCCUGCAGGGCGGCUGCGGACCCUCACGAACCGUACUUCAAGCAUUUCGGGCUACACUGCUGCUGGUGCCUCUACUUGGCCUCCAGUAUAUGUUAACGCCGUUUCGUCCUGGCCAAGAGCAUCCCUGGGAGUAUACAUACCAAGUCAUCUCGGCGUUUACGGCCUCAUUUCAAGGCUUGUGCGUGGCAACAUUAUUCUGCUUCUUCAAUGGCGAGGUGAUUGCCCAAGUGAAGCGCAAGUGGCGCACUUUCUACUUUAGUAGUCGACCGCGUACCAAUUCCUACACAGCUACUCAGGUCUCGUUCGUACGCUGCGGUCCGCCAAUGCCUGGCGAGGAGAAGGUAUGACUAAAGGAUCUAUCGUCAUCUGCAAAGCGACGCGCCUCCUCAGCACUCCAACAACAACAACAUCAGCAGCAGCAGCAACAACAACAGCAACAUGGUCUACAACAACAACGUUCUCGCAGCCAAAGCAUGGCCUUGACAGGCGCCGGUGGAAGCACGUCCGGUCUUAUCGAUGGCUGGCGUCAGAAACUGCAUUUCCUGCGGCGUACCAACGUGGAUAAUGCGCAUCAGCGACAGCCGCUUAUGGAGGAAACAGCGGGCAAUACGCAGUUGCAGCCGGCAGCUGGCAAUAUGCAAGUGGAGGUGGCCCUCAAGCCAAAGCUGAUGACGACAAUAGCAGAAGAUGUUGCCGAAGCGACAGCGACAGCGGCAGCAGGAGCAACUGCCACCACAACAACGAAUGCAGCUGAAAAGCGUAAUGGCACAAGUUUGAUUGCAGGUGCUACCACAGGUGUUGUCAUUGUUAGCGUGGAUGCCAAUGGGCAACAAAAUAUAGCCGACGAGGCGCUUUAAACUAAAAACCAAGUCACAAAAACAAUUCUGUUACAAAAACCUCUCAUAGUCUAAGCCAAUUUUAAGUAGCUACCCGCCCAAAAAUGAAGUUAAACCAAACAAACAAAAAUGGAAUGCACCCCACCUACGAAAGAAGAACAAAAAUAAUCGCCCGCCCAUCACAACGGACAAGAGUAAGAAGAGAACAAUUUAAAUUUCAACUUUUUGGAAGCAGUAUCAAAGUCAUAAAUCAAAAUAUAACUGAGUAGACAUAUUCUGGACUAUAAUUUCACAGCAAACUCACAAAAAAGAGUGUGCAUAAAGUAAAAAUAGUGUUGCAAAAGGAACAAUGUGCUAACCUAGCUAACCUUAUAAGCGUUAUAUAUGUAUAAUAUAAUAUAGUUAAAGUUCCAAUGCGUUUGUCGUAUAUAUCUCAGCAUAAUAUCCAACCUUUUGCAACACUGGCUAUUGCUAGAUUUAAGAUAUUGCUGUGAAAAUGAAAUUCAGAAUGCAGCAAUCCCUGGUCGAACUGCUCCCCAAAGUAUGCUGCACAAAAGUUGGCGUCAGUGUUGUAAAAACUAAAUGCAACUAGCAUUUAGUUUAAAGCAUAUAACUUAUACAUACAUACAUACACAUACAAACCUACAUA